UUGGUUUUAAUUUUUGGCCUCAAAGUCAAUUUGAAGCUUUAAACUUAGCAUCAUCAUAAAAAGAAAAAAAAGAAACGUUAGGACAAGACCUGGACUUUUAUGGCCGUUAGUCAGCAGCCGACUUGCAUCUUCUCUGCUCUCUCUUCUCCGAGCUAACAUUCCCUCACUUUCCCGUCAAUUUUCCGGCCUACUUUCUCGGGAAAUUCCCAAUCAGUGAUGACCACUUGGACGAACUUGUGACUAAUUGAUGGUGGCUUCUCAAUGGUCUCUUGAAGUGGCAACAUCUUUAAAAUAAUAUUCUGAGUGAGAGUUCUCCAUUCAUUUAAAGGAGCUCUGAUUUUCUCUUCCUACCUUUCUUGAUGGACGAAAAAGAAGAUGGGGAUUUCUUUCGCAGCCUCCGGAAGAAAGAGCUUCAAGAAUUGUGCAAAAAAUAUGGUUUAUCUCCUUAUAAGACAAAACCCAAUUUGGUGGAUUCUCUGAACUCUUACUUUGAGAAGAAGAAGUUGAGUUCACUAUCCACAGUGGGAAGGUCAAAUUGCCAUUCUACAUCACUUGUGCCACAGCUGCAGUUUGGAGCACAAUCUAUUGGAAUGGUGGUGGACACGAAAAGAGAUAACGGCGGAAUCAUAACUUGUUCCAGAAAGGAGGAUAACAGAGAAAAUAAUUGUACGACUGUUAAAUGCAAUGGAAUUGGAAGUUGCAUGGAUGUUGAAACUCAUGCCAAGGCAUCAGGUAAUGAAGUUUCUGAAGAUUCUGGGUGCUACAUGUAUGAUAUGCGAGAGGCAUCCCACUCUGGCAAGAACAAUCUGGCUUUUCUGAGAGAGACUGGGAUGGGUAAUAUGCCUCAAAUUCAGCGAAGAAAUGUAGAUCUUGGUGCAAAUUCAGCAGAGAAUGCCUCGACUUCCUCUAUUAAAUCUUCUAAAGCACUUCCUUCUUUUGAGUUCUAUGUUAGGUCAGCAGAGGGAAUUAACCUCUUUGUUGAUUUAAAUUCAAGCCCUUCAGAUUGGUCUAGGAGAUUUGAAAAUGAGGUUUGCAUGUUUCAGAACGAGAACAAAUUUCAAAGUUUUCGUGAGGAGCUUGAACAAUUAGGAAAUAGUCAAAAACAAACAAGUACAUUUUUACAGAAUACAGAUUCAGACCAUGAAAUAAACAAUGGCCAUGUAAUAAUAAAAUCUUCUCUGAAUUCAAUUAUUAGAGGAAAUGGUCAUGUGGAAUUUGAUCACCCAGAUGGAGAUGAUGAGACUUUGGGGGCCACUGCAAUAAAGCCACACAGUGAUGCUACAGAAACAUCUUCACCUUUAGAGGGAAAAAAAGAACUACUGCUCUUAUCUAGACUCAAUUCUGAUGCAACGGUUCAAAUGAUUUCUGGUAUGGAAUCUUGUCUGGGAGAUGAAGAAACAAAACCUCUUGAUUCAAAUGUUCCUGAUACUCCCCAGACAAAAUUAGUGCGCAAUUCUGGUGUAAGCUUGACAUCCGAUGCUCCUGAGAGUCUUAACACGUUGGAGCAUCAAAAUCCAAAGCUUGGUGAUGAAAAUUGUGAGAGCUUAAUGUUUCAGAACAGCAGUCCUGCGAACGCUAAUGCAGUGCCUGCUGGAUGUUCAGGUAUUUGUUCUGUAGAGAUGCAGUUGUCCGAAGCUGCCAGUCAUAGAAAAGAUGCAUCAUAUUCUUCUUGUGAAAAUAACUCUUCCGCAUAUUUGGUUGAUACAAUGCACAAUAUGGAAACAAGAGAUGGUGGAUUAGCCAAUCCAAAUGAAGUUAAUCAAGACUCUUCUAGUAACCAUAUGCCUGCACAUGCUGAUGUAUUGGAAAGGAAUGACCUCAUCAGAGGGAUGGAAACUUCAGAAUGCUUGGGUUUCAAUAAGUGUUCAGAGGAAAGAUCCAAGGAUUGGCUAUCUGAUGAUGGGCCUAAGAGAAAGAGUCAAGAUGGGAAAUAUCAAGCUGACUAUUCUCAACCUGAAAGAAAGAUUUUAAGAAGCUCAAAGCGUCUUUCUGGGGAAGUCCUUCCCAGAAGAUCCAUGCGGCUGGUCUCUAAGUGAGUUCCUGCACAUCUCGGCUGCUUUAGAAGUGUUGGCUUAGAAGACCUUAUACUCUACUGCACAAAUGCUGGAACACAGAAUUAGUUGCUGAAUUUAUUGGGAAAUAUUUGCCCCCCCCCAGGAAUAAUAAAUCUUCAAGAUCAUGCUCCGAGUUGCUUUUUUUUUUUUUUUUCUUCUUCGUAAUUUUCUCCUUUACAGCCAUUACAAAGCGUGUUAGAACUUUUACUUCUUCUUUUUGUUGUUGCUGUGGAUUUUCUCUAUAUUCGGUCAUGAAUAAUUUGUUUGUAAACAUUUACUUGUGUAUUCAUUUGAGACUUGAAUCCUCAACUUUCUAUUUUAGAAGGUCGAGGAGAUACCACUAGGCUACAAGCCUUUGUGGUAUAUUCAUUUGGAAUUCACUUGUUUAUUCUUUUAGUACAUUUAAUUGUAAA